UCACCGAACUACGGUUCGUUAGAAAUAAUUUAAAAAUUUUAAGUGAUAAAAGUAAAAAAUAGGUAAUAAUGUGCUACAAACUGAUGAUGCCCGUCGCAGUUAGGACUAUAUAGUGUUUUUUUUAACUUUGAUAUGGAUUACGAGGAUGAAGACAGGAAGAGAAGGAUACCCGCACACAGGGAAGUUAUACUUGGGGGCUUAUCUCGUUUCAGUAUAAUAUCAACGUCACUCCUCAUUCCACUGGAUGUGGUUGGAAUGAGGUUUAAGUACUCGGACGCCUGGUGCGUGAAGAUGUUUCGCCUGAUGGUCACGUCCAAUGGAGCUUUUGGCCCUUACAAGGUGCUCAACGCCACCAUGCUGCAGAGAGAGGCCUUGUCAUCCUUAAGAUGGGGCAUUUACUAUUGCCUCUAUGAUUCUCAUAAAAGGAACUGUUUGCUGAAAGGCUGGAACCCGUUGGGGAUGGGCAAAUACUUGCUGACUAAUCGUCCAAUCGUGUCGUACGCCCUCCGAGUACAGCGUUCCGCAUUGGUGUUGGAUUAUCUGCAUGAGAGAAGGAGACUCAGAGAGCGAAACAUAUUUUCAAGAUUCGCGAACAAUGUUCAAUCUCAGGUGAAAUCGAUGCUACAGACUGGUAUUAAGAAAAUGAACGUACAAAGUUGGCCCCUAAAUGCCCUGACAGCCAGCAUAAUAGCAUCAACGCUGCUGCACCCACUGGAUGUGUUCAAAGUACGGCUGCAGCUGUACCCGGAGAUGUGGGGCAUGAGCCUUCUACGCAAUAUGCUGCGCUGCGAGGGUAUCCGGGCUCCGUACACCGGCCUCACCGCCAGCAUCCUGCGCCAGACCACCUACACCACUUCGAGGCUCGGCACAUAUUAUUGUCUUUAUGAGCAUCACAAGAAGAAAUACGACAGUAUACCGAGUUUCUCGGAGAAGUUAUUGAUCGGCGUGUAUGCUGGACUGGUGGGAGCAUUCGUGGGCUGUCCGUCGGAGAUCGUCCUCGUUCGUAUGAUGGCGGACGGGCCGGUCGACCCUUACCGCCGGUACAGGUCGCUCAUCGACGCUUUCACCAAGAUAUGGCAGACGGAGGGCGCGUGCACGCUAUGGCGCGGCGCCCUCCUCACCAUGUCCAGGUCGGCCGUCAUCAGUGUCUCACAAAUCGGGACUUAUUCUCAGGCACGAAAUUAUUUAGUGGAGAAAAAGAGGACGAAAGGUUUCCUGUUGCACUUGUAUACGUCGAUGUUGUCAAGUUUGGUCACAGCCGUGGCCACUUUACCGUUGGAUACCUUCAAGACAAGGUACCAAGUAACAAGUAACGGAAGCCACAGGGAUGUGUACAACAAGUUUCGCCAAGAGUCCGGCAUACUAGGACUGUGGCGCGGCUUCACUCCCUACUACGUCCGUCUAACCAUACACACACUUAUCACGUUCUACCUACUAGAAAUGCUAUACGAUGUACAUAAAAAUAAGAAAAAUCCACCAGCCAGUAAGACAAGUUGAAAAUUAAGAAAAAAUGUAAAAUUCGUAAAAAGUAGGUUUGCUCUCUUUUGUGAUAACCUAUAUUUUUGUGACGUCCAUUGUACCGUAUUGUGGUCUCUUUGGUGCGAAAUAAACGAAAUGAUGAACCAGUGAACCUUAUUCCUGUAGUUGGUGAUGAAUUUUGGGAGUGAUUGUUACGUAACACUCUUAAAUCAUACAUCGUUUAUUUCCAUUGUCCCAAUUUUUUGUAAAAUUGCGUAAAGUAGAUGCAAGCCCGUUCUCAAAGGGAUCAACUAGAUUUUGUGAUUUACUAUUAAUACGCCUUUGAAAUUGUUAGGUAAUGGAAAAAAUAAAUUUCAAAGUGCCUGUAGAUUGAAUCUCUUAUUUUUUAUUUAUUUAUUGUUAAUCUAUAAGGUUAUUUAAACUUUAUAUAAAGUGUUUAAUAACGUUAAAAGAUUUCAAAAUUAAUCGGCAACGGGCUUGUAAGAUUCGAAAUAAUGUAAAUUUUUGUUUAUUUUGGAUUGUGUGCUCUUUGUUAUAACUUUUAUAAUUUGUAUACAGAAUGACAAUGUUAGCUGAAUAUGAAAAACUUAGAACUAAGUCGAAGCUUCGUUGAUUAUUGAAAUAAAACAAUUUGUAUAAUGAAAGCUGUUAAAA